UUCAAUUUGCCUGCUUUCUUGGCCCUCUCUUUACGGAUGCAUAAUUCUUUCUUCUGGUCUAGCUCCUCACCACGUCGCCCGGCUGGCGGUCAUACUUUGUUCGUGCCGGCUGGUUGUUGCUCUGUGAUUGGUUUGUCAUCUGCUGAUUCCUCUUCUUGUAUGAGCAAUUUCCUUAAUUUCAAUUCUGAUUGGUCUAGCUUUUGUCUGUGUGUGCUUGCCGUCACUUUCUGCUGUUCGGCCGCUGUUGCCAUUCGUGUCGUCGUGAUGUGUUUCUCGAUCGAGCUGUCGCUUUCUCAUGCGGUGCUGCCGGUCUUUGUCAGCGACCAGUGCUGCUUUACGUCCAUCGGUUACUCUGUCUAUGUUGUUCUAGCGGUGCCGCUGUCGAUGUUCCUUCGCGAUGUUGCCAUUUCCGCUGAUCGGUGCGAUCUUUCUGGUGUUUCCCGGAGAUUUUUCCAUUCCUUUCUGUGCUUUCCUCUCUCUUUUCGGAGGCUAUAAAUAGGUUCCUUUGCUUCCUUCUGUACUACCUGUGGUUUCCAGUUGCGUUUCGUGCGUGCCUCCAUUCGAUGGUCUCUUCUUCAUCGAGUCAUAAUGGUCCACGUCGUCAUGGUCGGCCCUGUCGCUCGGGGGGGUCUACAGUUGGUCGGCGAGGUGGUUCGGUCCGUGUUGUUGCUUCUGCUGUUCUGACCGAUCGGUCUAUCGUUUUGCGAGGUGUUUCAUCUUCUCAUAUUCGCUCGUCGUCUCGGUUUGGUCGUCCUGUGCGUCGUUCGCGUGAUUUCUGUGAGCGAUCUCCUGAUUUGCUGGAUCUUGCAGCGCAGUCUGGUUUGAAUGCUCUUCUCUUUCGGUCCAUUCGUAUUUUUGCCUGUUUGUGUGAACUAACUGUUUUGUUUUGUUGUUUGAGUUAGGUGGUGAUGCUUUUGCUAGGCGGCGUAGGGAGGUGAUCCGGCUGGGCAAGCGGCCCAUCGAUUCUACUCUCGGUUUGUUCAUUUAGUUUGGUUCAUAUUGGUGGCUGCUAUUUGUUUGUGCACUUAUUUCUGUGGUUUGUUUUACAUUGGCAGAUGUCCCUUUUUGCGCCGCGGAGUCGUGUGGACGUGAUUCUGUUCCUGCUACUGGUUGUUUUUCUGCUCUAGGGCCUGGUAUUUUGCUGUUUCUUCCAUAUCUUUUUUCGGAUGUCUGUACACUGGUUUGGUUAAUUAAUUGUUAAUUUCGUCCCUUGUUUGUCGGUUCUGCACUGUGGUCCGUUGUUGCCGAUUUUGCACUGUGAUGAGAUAGCCGUAUGGUCUACAGCAGCGAUUGGCUGCAUGGGCCAUGCACGUUGGUUUGUGUGUCUGCGUUAUUGAUGUGGUGACCCGGACAUGCGGUUGAUGUUGUUAGUUGCACCUUGUUGGUUACCCGUGUCCUUGCAUGCAUGGCGCAUGCACGUGUGCCUGGUGUUGAUGGGAGCACCCCGUUGUGUACCCGCGCGCCUGCAUGCAUGGGCGCAUGUACGUGGGCCUGGUGCUGAUAGGUGCAUCCGGUGGUGUAUCCGUCAGUUUACGUGCAUGGCGUAUGCAUCUGUGUGGUCUGUCGUCGAUCGCCGUGGUUAAUUGGAUUGUGAUUUUUAUUUUCGAUUGUGACCAUUUUUUGUAUUCACGGGUAGUUUUGUAUUCACUCAUGCAACAACUGCCACUUGCCGCGCUUAUAUUAGUAAUGUGGUGACUCGUCGCUCUUUCUACCUAUAUAUAUAUAGCCAUACUGGGUUUCACGGCAUUCAUUCACUUCAAGUAUCGAAAGGCAAAGAGUUUAGCCAUGAGUACCAACCACUCGGCCAAGAGCUUCCCAUCAGGAAAACAAUCAAAGAAAAAGGAAAAGAAGUUUGUUUCAAGUUCUUCUUCCAAUGCUACCCCAGUUAACAUGAACGACGACUUGAUGGUGUAUAUAUCAAGGCGAGUCAUUCUCCAAAUUGUCGGCUCAGCCAUAAGGCAGGAGGUGCAAGGAUACCUUCAUUUCACGUACCUUGAUGGUACCAUACAGGUGUCCUUGCACAUGGGAGCAGUAUAUUCCACAGGGAGCAUCAAUGAAAAUCCUUUGAUUUUCGAAGGAGAAUCCGUAGCAACACAAGACGAGGCGGAAGAAGGGGCUGCUCAAGCAGUGCUGGACUACAUUUGUGAGAACUAUGCUAUCACAAUCAACGACUAUAAUUAUUCUGUGUUGCAGGCAACAAAUCAAAAGCUUCUAUCAGCUCAAGAAAAGAUACGUGCAAAGCAUUGGCAGUUCAAUAUGGCCAAACGUGAGGUUGCUGCUCGCCAAGCCGAGACUGUAACCCAAACGGAGACACUAGCACAUAUAUGCAACGAUUUCUUAGAUGCGGUGCCCCUCUGUAUGCACCCACAUCGUCCAUUCACUGAAGACCGUAUCAUUAGCUAUACUGGUAGUUGUCCGCCUAUCACACGACUCAAGCACUUCGCAAAAGUGUUAUAUUAUUUCAUUAUUGGCACUAACCCCCGGGGAGAGUGUUCCAGAAUGACUUGAUUUCAGGCUCCAAUGCUAUCUGCAGUCACGUUUAAAGUCCUAUGCCAUCUUGCGUACAAGUAUCGGUCGUUUUAGUUUCCUUCAGUCAUUUUAAUUCCUUUUUACCAGGUAGUGUCCAGUUGUAAUAA